AGGCGGGUCAAAUUAUGAAUUAUAGUAUCUUAUGUUUAGGCCAAAUCAUAAUUAAUUUAAAAAUAUUGAUUCAUUGCAUUAAAUAUGAAUUUAUGAAAAUUUGCGUGCUUUUUCUUCAAAAAUCACGUUUUAAAUGGGAAAGGUGUGUCUCGAGGUAUAUUUAUUUUGAAAAGGGAAAUGGGGUUUAAAGCAAAUGUCGUCUUCUAAGAAAAUUAAUGGAGUAUUUUAAAAAAUGUUUUAAAAGUUUAAGAAAAUAUUUUAACAUAAGAAAGAAAAUUUGCAAUAGUCACAGUCCCCACCCAAACAAAAUGUUCUAAAUAUAGAUAUAAAUUUGUGGAGUGGAUGCCAAAAGCAUCAAAUGAUGGAGGAUCUAGUCUCCAUGAAAUACUAAUCCAAAAUUUGGAUAUAUCAUAGAUGUCGUUUAAUGCAACAAACCCUCAUUUGGCUGCACUAUAACCCCCACCCGAGGCCAUUUUUGUUUUCAAAAUACCAUCAAUAUUCCUAAAUCUCAUUUUCUUACUUCCAACUUGGGGAAAGUAAACGGUCGAAUUCGAACCCUAGACCUCUUUGUCACAAGACGAGGUCGCACUAUUUGGUGUUCAGAUCCUCGAGUUUUCACCCGUUUUCUCUAGUGGUCUGAACCCCCCAAGCACGAACGAAAGAAGGAAAAAAUGGUUCGCGUAUGCAAUGGCAUAAUCACAUUGAUAAACUUUCUAACACUCACGGUGUCAUUGUGCGUGAUUUGCACAUCUCUAUGGCUAUACAUGAAAGGCAGGUCGUGCGAGAGGUCGCUGCGCGUGCCUCUCCUGGUAGUGGGAGGUGCGGUGAUGGCCGUGUCAUUGGCGGGGCUGGCGGGGUCGUGCUGGCGCGUGGCCUUCUUCAUGUGGCUGUAUUUGAUCUCGCUGUACGUGUUGAUGGUGGGGCUCACAGUGUUUACAUUGUUCACGAUUGUGGUGACCAACAAAGCGAGAGAUGCAUUGUCUCGAUUUGGAUGGGAGAGUGAGAGCGUGGGGCAUUAUUCAUGGUGGCUCAAGAAUUAUUUGGUUACCUCUGAUAAUUGGGACGAGAUCAGGAGCUGUAUGGUGAUUGUCAAGAUUUGCAAUGUUAUUGAGAGUAAAGGUGAUGAGUUUUACAAGCGAAAGUUAUCUACAAUUCAGUCAGGUUGCUGCAAACCACCAACUUAUUGCGGCUUUGAGCUGGUGAACCAAACAAUGUGGAAGAUUCCAGAAAAGGGGCAGGCAGUGGCCAAUCCCGAUUGCAGAAUAUGGCGCAACGACCAAGCACAACUAUGCUUUGGAUGCCAGACGUGCAAGAAGGCGGUUCUAGACAACAUUAGGAGAGAAUGGAAGCUGCUUGCCCUCUUCAACUCCUGUGUUCUUCUCUCCAUUACAAUCAUUUACUCUAUUGGUUGUUGUGCUCUCAGGAAUAAUCAAAACGACCACGACUGCAAAAGGCACAAUAACUAUCACGUUUGAUCUUCUCUUUCAAAAUGGUAAUCUCAUCGUUUCGAAAUACCCCUCACAUUUACAGUGAAAAACAUAUACUAGCAGCUUUCUAGCGCUAUGUUAUAUGCAACUUGCUCCCUAUUUUCAGUUAAUGUUGGUUACCACACAGGACGAAGGGAUGAUAUAUAGAGAUACUUAGAAUAGGUUUUGGUUGUAAAAUAAAUACACCCUAUAAUAUAUGGCCAAUUGUUUUUUAUUGGUUGCA